UCACAAGCAGUAAUGAUUCUGUGAAGGGUACACCAUGAAGAGACACGGACCAUGAACCACCAUUACGGCAAGGCCCGGACCGUGUUCGGGUGUCGGGUGAAGCGGGUGUGGUUCCGUCUCAACCCGUUCCUCGAACGAACCAAAGUCAAGGACGGCGAACAUGGCGUUUAUCAAGCUAGCAGUAGAUUUGUCCUUCCCCUGCAGUCCAUUGUCCUCUGUGAGGACAUGAACUCAGAGGCCGAUCCAGGAUGGCAGGAAAUUUCCGCAGCCUCGUUCUGGGACUAUCUGUACUCCAACUCGUGGGGCGAGGAGUGUUCGUUGAGGGUGAUGAAUGGGGAGCUACUGGAGCUGUUGCUGACCACGUUGUUCUCCAUGGAGAGGGACCAGGAGCUGGCCAGUCACAACACCUUCGUCUACACCACCAACACACGGGUGAAACAUGCCUGCUUCAGGUUUGAUGACGCACAAAAGAAAGAGGAUGUCAUACAUGAAAACCUCAUGAUAGACUUCACCUACUACGGCAGACGCCCACGCCCAAUGGAGGUGGACCUUUCAGGAAGUACCGCCUACCCGUUCAGUCUGACGUCAUCGCGGGGACUAUCCUCUUCAGGCUACACCUCCUCAAGCUUAGAGAGCUCAGAAGGAAUACCGUAUAUGCCCAAGUCUUCUGCGAAACCUCCGAUUCGAGAUAAAAGCACAAUGGAACGUUCCGGAGACAACCCUCUUCUGUUUUCUGUUCGUCAGCCAAAGUCUGUUAAAGUCGAUACAGUGGAUAUAAAGCUUGUCGAUAGUGGUCUUCUUGGUAUCAAGGGACCAGUAAGAGCUAUUCCUGUAACGGCUUUGGUAAACACAUCACCGUUUGAUAAUAGUGGGUCUACCAUGAUAAAGUCGUUCAUAAAAGAAAGUUCGCUUCUGUUAGCCAAGAAAAAGACCAGUCAUCAUAAAGCAAAAGGUGGAUCAUCUGAUCAGGACCGUAACUCUCCAAUACCGGGUAAUCAGCGUGCCAGGAGACAGUCAAAGAUGCCCACUGUUUUUGAAGCAUUGGCAAGGAACCGGCUUCAGCAGACACCCACAGUCGAGUCACCAACAGCAGCACCUGGAUCUCAACCUUCCGAAUCCACCACUGAUAACACUGACAGCUCUGAAACGGGACUACCCCUAAUGGAAUUCAACCUGGCUAAGCUUCCCUGCUCAGAACGAACAAAGGCAGGUCUUGAAAACUGGAAGUUGGAUAAGUAUACUUAUAUUAGAAGUCCCCCUGGGAAUGAAUAUUUUCUCCAAGAAUGUGAUACACAUAAUGAAAACAUCUCUGCCAGGGAGAAGCUUCUUAAGAACAGGAACAGGGUGGUGGCGAAAAGGGAGAAAGAACUGAAGGAGGUGCAGAGGAGGAUGAAAUUCCUGGAGAAGAAGCAUCCCAAACCACUGGAGUAUAAGGACGAAGUGAAACCAGAAAUGCCUCUUUUGCGAUAUUUCAGCCAUGCUCCAUCCUUUUGUACUUUCCUUCGUUGGCUGGAAAGUGAGAAUAAAUAUGAUCCAAGAUUCAAGAAGGGGAAACAGAGGAAGAAGAAACUGAUGAAGAAGUAUAAGUUAAAUUCGAGUGACAUACAGGUGGAUUCCAGCACGAAAUCGUCUCGAUCAAGUGUCUCAAGAUCAGCAGGGGGUUCUGAAUCACCAAUUAUGCAGAUUGUGAAUCGUAGAAAUGGUGCAGAUAUGAUUCGCUUUGCCGAGGAGGCAGGUGGCGUGACAGACAGCCCGGCUGUCAAAAACACACUCCUGGCUAGAGAAAGUAUUGAAACACAUGAGGCAGAGGAGGAGGUGUUCCCGUUAGGGGGACAUAUUUCACGGCAAAGGAAAGUCCCGGUCAUUGCAGAACCAACCAAUGGCCUGUCCGAAGGUAACAAUGAUUUCCAAGCAAAGCAAUCAGAUAAGAAGAAAAAGUCAUUAGAUAUGAAAGAUAGCCCUAAGAACUCGUCUCAUUCAUCACUCACAAGUCCUGGUCUGAAACCUAACUCCCCUUCUAGCAGGGAGUCGUCUGGUCGGGCAAAAUCUUCUUCGUCCUCAAAGAAACUUUCUGGAACAAAUUCAGGAUCAAAGUCAGGGGUGUCUCUCUUCAAGAAGAAAGAGAGAGAGUCUGGGAGAGACACGGACCUGGAGACAGAAUCUGCGGAUAUAGAAUCAGACGAGGACUCGGAAGUAGAAGACUCCUUGUUUGAUGCAAAUAAACUCAACAAGAGGUACAGCUUUGAGAAACUGAGAGGCAAGAACUAUCAUAAGAAGAAACCUGCAUUCUUUGACAUCUUGAAGAAGUACUACCGUGUACAGGGAGCCAUGAAUAUGCUCAGGGAGGCAUCUAAGAUGUCAUCUGAAAUAAGUGAUGCCAGUAAGACUACGACAGCUAAAGCACAGCCCGCUAAAAUCAUACCUCAGGUAUCCCUCCUUCGUCGUCUGUCAAGACCAGCCAAGCCGAAGAGGGACAUUGUCCUCGGCAAAAUAAAAACAUUUCGAUUCCAGCAAUUCAAUAACCAUAAGCCCAAGGUACCAGAAGUAGAAGUUCCAGAUUUUUCCUCUUAUCCCAUGAAGGAGUUUGUCACUAACCUUGCCAGGGCCCUGGAUGACUUUGUAGUCCGCAAAGAGAACGUUAUUUCCAGUUAUCGCAUGGAGACAAUCACCACAGUCACAUUUACGCGACCAAAAGUCUUCACGAAAAUGCUGCAUAUUGAAUAGUGUUUCACGCAUCACGCACGUAUAUGUCGCUAUUACCGAAGAGGUUGUCUUUAUAGUCUUUGCUUCAUCAUUUUUGUAUUGCAUUUGUGAUUUAAAUAUGACUACGCCAAUCUCUAGCAUACUAAUUGUUACUCAUGUCAUGAUAUAUAACAAGAUUAUAAUCUAAUUGGACAUGCUUGAGGAUUUACUUGCACGAUGGUGGACAUUUUAUUGCUCAGUUGAUUCUGUGAAGACGAUUCAUUGCGAUUUCCCAUGGUGUUUCAUGGACAAUAUGUUUUUGAAGUGUAAUCAGUUUUGGUGACCUGUUCUGUUAAUUUUAUUGGUCAUAAAUUCAAAUGAUUUCAUGUUAUUAAGAAAAUGGUCGUAUCACUGAUGUGUCGAUGUAGCUGGCAGCAAUACAGCCUCCAUGACUACAUGAUGUACGUAUUAAACGUUCUGAAAGAAGGUUA